GUAACUGAAUUUUCCCAGAAGACAUUUCGGCGAUAAAUAUGGCUGCCUGCACCAUUUUCGAGGAAGAUGAGGUCUGCUUGGUUACCCCAGAGAAAGGUUACAUCUAUGGGUUAGUGCUAGAAAACUCCGAAUUCCUGAGCAGCGAUGAAGAAAGUGAUGAUCUACCUGGUCAGAUCAAGAAUGGGACAGUUCGCGUGGCAUGGCACCCAGACGGGAAGGAGACAGUUGUACAGGAAGACAAGGUAAUCCUGGUUGAUCGAUCACUGAUGCCAGGAGAUGUUGUGCGGCGUCUCAUCCUCAAUGAGGACAGUCAGAGGGGCUACGUGAAGGACAUGAAUGUCACGUGUCAUCUGCAUAUACUGGGCACGGAUAAAUAUAUCUACAACAUUGACAGCAAGAGUCUGGAUCCAAUCACAGAAUUUGACACAGACCCUGGAGAAGUAACCCUUGACUCCUGGGUUGGUAGAAUCGAGACUGUGAAUGAAGAUGUAACUCUGUUGUUUCCUGAUGGAGCAAGAUGUGUUAUCAGUGACAGUGAUAUUUGUGUCUUUGAGGAUGCUUUGGAAAAACGAGGACGGCACACAGAGUUUUGUAAUUGUAACACAUAUCCUGGGCGAGAACUGCGUGCAACAAUGCAUGACCUGUGUGAUGUCAAGUGGUUGAACGAAACACCCAUGUACAAUGACGCCAUGAUCGACAGCAAGCCCAGGAUGACUAUAAAUGUUGUGGUGGAAUCGGUUGUGACUAAAAGUGUAGAAGUACACUGGUUGUGUCGAGGGUUCUCCAAGGUUGCCAACCCUCUUGCUAAGAUGUCACCACCAGAGCGAAUUGUCCAAGGAGACGCCUUGAAACGGCUCCGCCCUCUGGACUGGUUUGCUCACUGUAGUGUUCAGAUUGGUGACAAGGCAUACUACACCAUUAAAGACACUGACACUCUGGAAACAACUCCUCCAAAACGGAUGUUCGUGCCGCCUGUAAUUUCCAAGAUGUCUGCCGAGGAGGUGGAGGAGUGUUGCACAGAGAAAGUGUUCAAGGCCAAGUCUGGUGAGGCUGAGAAGACCGAGGACAGCGAGGACAAGGAAGAAGCUGCUGACCCCGCAACGGAACAGGCAGCGGAACAGCCAAUUACCAACGGUGAUGUUGAAGAGAAAGAUGAAGAUUAUGAAGAUGUAGAUGAAGAUGGCUCUGAUGCUGAAUCCCAAGCAUCAGGACACUCAAACUCAGCUCCAGGAGCUAAGAAGAAGAAAACUUCCAGAAAAGGACCUCAUCUUGCUACAAAGUCACUGAAGAAAGUCAGAGGACGCCGUGCCAAGCAGAAACUGUUGUUACCACAGAGGGUUGUCAACAUUGGGGAUAAAGUUGCUGUGGAGAUCUGCUAUACAUACACCUCGGCCAGUGUUGUGUGGCAGGAUGGUUCAGAAGAGGAGGACAUCCCUUCCCCAGAACUGUACCCCAUCCACCAUCUGGACGAACUCGAGUACUUUCCUGGGGACUAUGUCAUGGAUGCUAAAGAUGCAAGUGCCGGAAACCAGUAUGGUUUGGUGGUGUCAUGUGACCACCGUGAACGGACCUGUCUCACCCAGUGGAUGAAGCCAUAUGAAGUGGGCAAAUCAAACAGAUUUACUCACAGACCAGUGGAGUAUGGCGAACAGAAAGAGGUCAGUGUGUAUGACAUUAAGGAUCACCCUGACUACAAGUUUCGACCUGGACACAGUGUCAUCAGAGUUGGAGGAUUUGAGGACCGGGAACAGGAGCUCCAUGCUGUGGGACAGGUGUACCGACUGGACCCUGGAAAUGGCAUCUCUGUCAAGUGGCCAGAUGGAUCUGUGUCAUCAUGCUUCCCACAGGAACUCUAUAUAGUCAAUGAUGAUCCAAGUGACUAUGGAAGCUCAGAGUGGGAGACAUCAAGUUCAUCAGGGUCAGAAUCUGGCACCGACACAUCAUGGGAGACAGAGAAUGAAGAGGAAUUGAUGGAUGCAGAUGAUACAAUGUACAGUGAUGGUGCAAACAAGUCAUUCUUCAUGCUGUGUACCCACAAGAAGUCAGAGUUGGACACGCUUCUGGUGCGUGCACAGACGGCACUGUCCAAACUCGAGUCUCUCUUCCAAGGGCUGGACCAGAAUCUUCCCAAUGUCAGCACCUGCUACCAUGACAUUCUUCGCAUUUACAAAAUCUGCAAAGAUCUGGACAAAAUACUCAAAUCCAAUUUCUUUGAGGAGGAAGAGAUCACUGAUCUCAUUUCAGCAGUGAGACAGGAAAUAAAGUGUGAGAAGUCCGGGAAACUGGCCAAGCACUUGGAGCAGAUGUUUCAGUCCUGGCACCAUGGUCUGUCUGACCACAGCAAGGAUGAAGGACAAGGUGACGAUGAGGAUCUUGACAACUCGACUGACUCACGGAGUCUGCCAGGGGAGAUAGAGAGGAAUAUAUGUGUCAGUGAGGAAGAACUUGUGAAAAAUUUACAAAAUAAAGAAUGCUCAAAGAAAGGUGAUGAGGACUCAAAUACUUCUAAUGAUUCAGGGACUGAAGUUUCAGCAUCAUUGAACUCUGAGCCUAUUUGUGAUAGGGCGUCUGCUCAAAAAGAUGAUGCUGCGAGGUCUGGUUCUGAUGCUGCAGCGAGUGGUGCAUCAGUAAGUGCAUCUGGGGACAAUGAUGCACAAAAGGACAGCAAUCCAGACCCUGUUUCAACACAAAACGCCAAAGAGUUGUGCUUAAAGAUUUGUCGUAGACUCCAUGUCUUGAUGGCUAAGAUACAAGAGGAGGUGAACUUGAGAUGGAAGAAAUGUGAAUCCACACAGACUGACCCAAUCGGCAACACAGACAGAUCCAGCAGCUAUUCAGACUGCCUCUCAGCUGUCACAAGGAGACCUCAAUGAUCAGAUGUUGAUGGAAAAAUUAUCACAAUAUCAAGCCAUCAAGUGGCUGCAAGUGCAGGUGAAGGUGAUUCUAAGGAGGCGAACGUUGGGGAGGCUGAACCAUGUUGUGAUAAAGUGAGGGACAGUGACUCACAGACUGACGUGACGGAGGAGCCGAACUGUAAGGCGCCAUCUAGUGUGCAGCUAAAGGAGACUGGGUUUACCCUGGCGGAAGAGGUGGAGAAGUCAGAACAGGCCAACUCAUCAGCUCCGACUAAAGGAUUUCAAAUGGAAAGUGAAGUAACAGCGUCUCAAAAAUUUCGAUCUCAAGAACAUGUUGCUACUGACCAGAGGGGCUUCAUGACAGCAGUUAGGAAAGAGUUAAAACUGUUGAGGACUAGUCUUCCAGAUGGCAUUGUAGUCAAGGGUUUUGAAGAUAGAUUGGAUUUAUACUCUGUGAUGAUAGUUGGGCCAGCUCAAACACCGUACGAAGAUGGACUCUUUUUCUUUGAUGUCCAGUUGCCAAAUGACUACCCCAACUCUCCACCAAUCUUCCACUACCACUCAUACUGCUCAGACAGACUCAACCCAAACCUUUACGAGGAUGGCAAAGUCUGCGUCAGCCUCCUGGGCACCUGGUCUGGCAAGGGUAAUGAGGUGUGGACAAGCAGCUCGAACCUCCUCCAGGUCCUCGUCUCAAUACAAGGUUUGAUUCUGGUGGGUGAGCCAUACUACAAUGAAGCUGGCUAUGAGAGACAGCUCGGCACGCAGCAGGGUCUGGAGAACAGCCGCAUGUACAAUGAGAUGGCCAUCCUCAAACUGAUACAGUCUCUUACAAGCAUGGUGAGAUACCCUCCGGAGUUGUUCCGCGCAGAAUGCCACAACCAUCUGCGAACACAAGGACUCAAAAUGAUCCGGAGGUUAGAAACAUGGCUGCAUCACGGACCAGCACCAGGGAACCCCACUCCAACAAACCAAACCAACGGUAGAGAACACUCAGCUCAGAAAUGUGAAGGCGCAGACAACUCCAUGCCUCAAGCAAAUGCUAGUGCAGAACCUAACACAAACGACAAAACCAGUGUUCAUGACCAAGGGGAGAUAACUCAGCCAUCUGCAGCCACUAGUGAUGGUACAACCAAUGAUUCCUCAAAACCAGACUUCCCCCUUCUUCCAGCUUCCAAAGGGUUUCGUCUGUCCUUGCAAUCUUAUCUGGAUCAGUACAGGAAAUCUCUGGAAGUCCUGCAGACUGACAAGGUGUGACCUUGAUGUUGAACAUAUUGACUGUUGAAGUGUGCUGCUGCCCUGUGAUAUGCUAGACUGUAUGUAGUGAAGGGAUCAUGUCGACCUGACAAUAACGAUUAGCUGUACAAAAUCACAAUCACUGCAAUUAAUCUAGUCAAAUAUUGUUUUGAUGUGAUACAAUCGUGAAAUGUGUAAUGCCAUGUGGUAUGGUAUUAUUGUGAAGUGUAAAGUAUCCAAAGUACCAGGGCCCCCUUUCACAAUGUGAACUUAGUGCUGAGGUGAAGUAAACUCCCAUACUUUAACAUAGGCUUGUGAUCACUGUAGUGCUGUGAUGGCUUCGUGGAAUGUGGGCCAGAGUAGUGCUGUAUUUACAAUUAGUACUUAAAGUUUCCAUACCAGUGUCUCAGAUUGGUUCAUUUUCUAGGACAUUGACUUCUUGUCAUCCAGAAGGUCUUGAAGAUAGUUUCCAAUUCAUUAUAUAGGAAAAUGUUCCUUUCAAAAGUUAUUGAAAAUGUCCUAUUGACAUAUGUCCAUUUCUUCGCAAAAUCACUGAUCAUACAAUAACAUAUAAUUGUGUAAUGUGGAAGGUGUUACUUCAAUAGAAAGUUCAAAGGCCCUUGAUGUAAACAUAAAAAAAAAAUUGAGUUUUUAUGUCAAUGAAGUCCUGUUGCAAAACUUUGGCAUGGUCCCUUUAGGGUAGAAGUCAUCCUGCCCCGCCCCUCCCUCAGGUCCCAGGUGGUUUCCACCCUCCCCUUCGUCUUACAACUGUAUAUUUCUGUUAUACUGUGUGAUGUCGUAGCUGUAACCAUGGUAACAAGUUUCAUUUGUCACAACAGUACCUUCCAUGAAGUGUUCCUGUGUAGUCAGACUGAGAAUCUAGUGUCGAGUACAUCCCUGUUUCCAUGUCAACUACGUAAUUGAUGACUAAUUGAUGGCUGAAAUGAACUGAAGUUACUGUCUAUCUGUGAUGAUGUCUCCUCCUGUUAUUUUUGUCGGGGGAACAGUGUUUUAAUAUUCGUCUUGAAUUUCUGCUCAUUGUCAAUUUCCAUAGACCAUUUUUCAGGUUGAGGUACUUUUUUUUUUUAGUUAAAAAUUCACAUUGCACCAUGAUCAUGAUUAGGGACCGUCUAUAAUUUAUGGUUAGGGAGGUGAUGAUGAUUUUAAGGGGUUCACCCAUUUUGUUUUGGGAGGUAGGGGAGGGUCAUCAG